AGAGCUCCAUUUUGUGCCGGGCUGUCGGGGAGGAAGGAUCGGAGGUGUUGGGCGCUCCCUGAAGGGGAAAGAAAUUAAAGCGGGGGAGAAGGAGAGGAAGAGGACUCUGGGCCGCAGUUGCUGCUGGAAGGCGAGCGGCGGCGCUGCUGCUUCUGCUGCUGCUGCUGGAGACAGACAGAGAGCGAGGAUGAAGCCUGAGGAGGCGGGCAAGGCGGCUCCGGAGGCCCCCGAGGAGGAGAAAGUGGUCCACUCCCGCUCGCAGCAGGCGCUGCCCCUGGGCGCCAGCACCAAGGCUCUGGGCGACGCCUUCAAGCUCCUGGUGCCCCAGUCGACGGAGUUCAUGAGCUCCGACGCCGAGCUGUGGGACUUCCUGCGCAGCCUCAAGCGCCAGUUCUCCCCGGUCAUCCUCCGCAGCAAGGACGUCUACGGCUACGCCUCGUGCCGGGCGGUGGUCCCCGAAGCCCCCGGCGGAGGAGGAGGAGGGAGGAGGGAGAGGAGGCCCUGGAGGAGAGCCGCCGCCACCGCCAGAGGGAGGCGCCUCAGAGGCGGCGGAGGAGCCACCAAGAGGGCGGCCAAGAGGCAGAGAGAGGAGGAGGAGGCCCCUAAAAAGGAGGAGGAGGAGAAGGACUGCGUGGCCCUCCCUCUGCCGCCACCGCCGCCCCGGACUCCCGCCUUCGAGGGGCGCUCCCUGGAGGAGAUCUGGAAGGCGGCCACUCCGGCCCUCACCGCCUUCCCCACCGUCAAGGUCCGGGGCAACGUCUGGAACCCCAGGAGCCUCCAAGCCAUCCGGCGCAAGGCCCAGAGCACCCUCGGAGUCGACCUGCAGCCCCGAGUUCGACUCCGGCGCUUCCCGGUCAUAGGAUGCUGAGAGGACAAGGAUUGCGAUGGGGAGACAUGGGAUGCGGUCACAUUGGGGGAAUAACCCGGUUCGGAACCGCAUUAAGUGUCUUGGCUCAAGGGCUAUGGAAUUCUGCGAGUUGGAGUUUGUUGUGGGCCCACAACAAACUCCAACUCCCAGAAUUCCAUAGCCCUUGAGCCCCCAAGACACUUAAAGCGGUUCCAAACCGGGUUAUCCCUCCAGUGUGGACCCAGUUUUGUUUACAACGUGGCUUCUUCUUCUUCGUCUUUUUUCCUUUCUCUCUGAUGUACUGCACUUUAGGGCUAAGGCUGGGACUUGGCGUCCGCACUGCAAUCAUGUCUCACUUUAAUACCGCUUUUGUGCCGCCGUGAUAAAGGGGAUUCUGGAGAUGCUAGCCCUGCUCCGCUCACACAGCAAAACUGCCAACUCCCAGAAUCCCAUAGCCUUGAGCCAGACAAAAGAGUGGGGAUGGUAGGUUUGUUCAUGGCCGCCUUCCUACAAUUGCGUACCGUGGCACCAUGGUGGUGGCCAAAAGGUCCCCAAAGCACACCAGGUUCGGGACCACUUUGACUGCCUUGGCUCAAUGAUGGGGGAUACUGGGAACUAGUUUUGGGAGACAUCUAGACCUCUCUGUGUCAGAGAGAGCUCUGGUGCCACAAUAAACUACAGUACUACAGUUCCCAGGGUUCCCUAGUUGUUAAAGCAAUCUCUAACUGGUCUAUUUCUGCAUAGGGCUUUAAAUUGGUGCCGCUUUUUGGCUGGCUCCAUUGCUAAGGGAUUCUGGGCAUGAUGAGUGUUUGUGAUGACACCUUCCCAGGAUUCCACAGCAAGCCGAAGGUCCCCAAAGCCCACUGCAGGAAUAGUCCAGUUUGGGACCACUUUGACUGCCCAGGCUCAGUGCUUAGGGAUUACUGAGAACUAGUUUUGGGAGGCAUUGAGCCUUCUCUGUCAGAGAGCUCUGGGGCCACAACUACAACUCCCAGGGUUCCAUAUCACUGAGCCAGGGAGGUUAAAGCAGUCUCACACUGGAUUGUUUCUGCAGCGUGUUUUGGGCCAAAGUGGUGCCAAACCAGAUUAUUCUUCAGUGUGGACCCAGCCCAGGGGUGUCGCCCCAUUUCCUUUCCUAUUUCCCUCCCUUCUUCCCAUCUGGACUCAAAGCCUCGUCCGGCCUCUGUGAGAUGGAAGGCUGCGAUCUUGGAAGAAGGGACUCUCCUGCUUACUUACCUUCAUCAUCUUCGGCUGAGGAAGCUGCUUGGCAUAGAACUGGGAUGAAAUCUUCUUUUUCUUCAGCCUCACGACUGUUUGGUUUUCUUUUUUCCCCCUUCCCACUGGACUACCUCACUAGUCUGGGAAAUGGAUCGGUGGCUUUCCCCUCUUCCAAAGGAACUUUUUCUCCCCUGCUAGCACAAUAAUGAAAGAAAAAUGCCAAUUUUGAGGGGGUUGGUUUUAAUUUAAGAUGUAGCCAGUAGACACUUCCAUAGGACUUGUGCUGUUGCACUACAUGCUCAGGGUUAACUUGAACUAAUUAUGCCAAGUGUUUUCCAGUUUGGAGGACUUAACAAGCUUUGACCAAGGAUGCUGAAGGAAUGAAGAAGCCUUUGCAGCUGUUUUUGAUGGUGCAAACCAGUUCAUCCUCCCUUUUUUUGUCCUUUCUUUGGAGGGGGGUGAACUACAGAGACUUCAAUCUUCGUGGUCAACCGUUUUGUAUGUGAUAAAAAGUUUUAUAGCCGAAGGGAAGUAGUGUUUCUAUUACAGCUUCUACAAAUGAGAGUUGUGUUGGAUACGCCCAUUUUAUAUAGCCUUUACUUUAGAGAAACUUUUACCAAUUUAAAUAAAAAAUUAAUAGCAAGCAA